AAGUGCGGAAUGUUUUUCAGUACCCGAUCAAUAUUUACAAAAGCUUUCCAUAAAUUUUAUACCACGAAGACGUUAGAACGACUUGUAAAUUACUAAAAUUUUCCCUAAGCGACAUAUUGAACAAUUUUCUAAAUUGUUGAAAUGAAAAUCAUCUCAAAUACAGCGACAGAAAAAAUUCAUUUGUCACCCCCCUGACUGUUUUCAAUAUCCCAUCCGCGGAUCACCUAUUUUCCAUGGAAACUGAGGUCGGCGCUCGCAGAUGAAAUGAAGGGGGACCCUCGGAUAUCCGCGCCCUGGUCCACAAGAAGUGAGGCCGCGCUCAGUAAGUCUCAGAGCCGCUGGUAAGCCGGAGGGAUAGACUGUUGCUCCCAGUGGUAACAACAAUUUCCCGAGAACAUUAUCAUUUAUUGAAACAAUCCAUAAAGUUCUGAAGAAUACGCGACCCUCCCACCGCCGGGAGAUGUCGAUGGGAGUGCCCUUUUUAUUCGGAGUUGAGUGAAAUCUAUUCACCAGCAAAAAUUUCAAAUUUAUCACAGCUAAAUAUUAACAAUGACGUUAACUACCAUUGGAGUUGUCAUCGUCAUUGGUUUAACUCUGACUUGUGGAGUUCGUGGACAGGAUGACGAUUCACUGACGGCCAGUUUCUUCUCAGACCUCUUCGACUCCCUGACCAACACUGCGGACACCCCAGACUGUCCCGGGACGUGUAUCGAUGAUCAUAAAACAUUGACAUGUGACGAGGUCCUCGAGGACUUCUACUGCCCGACGGCGAGCAUGCGAUGCUGUGUCCAUGGACCACUGAACAGCACCGAGACGUCGUCGGAGAACGACAUCAAGGACUCGACGCCCACGAGCACCGAGAAGCCCAUUACCCCGAGCUAUCCAGCUAUCAUGAACCUCUCCACCACCACCACCAUCGCCACAACUACCACGAGCCCAAGUGCAACGUCAACUGCUGUUACCACCGCGAUGCUGAGGGAGUCUGAGGAGCCAUCGAGGCCUCAACCGACGAAAGAUCAAGUCCCAGAUAAGUCGAAAGGGACCGCUGCGACAACUCACCGACCGGAGCCUCCGCCCCAAAAACCGUGUAGGGGAGAAUGCACCAGUGGGUUCUUCGUUUUAUUCUGCGAUAAUAUCGAUGAUGAGACUGAUUGCCCCGAUGGGGGAUCUUGCUGUAUCAGCGAUCCGCCGAUUGAUAACGAGGUACCAAUCACAACGAGCCCUCCUCCAACAACAGAAUCAUCAAAAGGAGAUCUGUUGGCACCAACUACGAUAACCCCUCCUCCAAUGGCAGAGUUAUCGAAAGAUUUACCCCCUUGCAUCGGCGUUUGCACCGAGCCCCUAUUUGCCAUAUUUUGUGAGAAACCAAGUGCCAUAAUUUAUCACACUUCAACCUGUGAAGAUGGAUUCAUCUGCUGCAAGGCCAGUGAUUCCUCAUCACUUCAGAGUCAAUCUCUCUUCUACAGACGCUUGCACCACCGAAUAAGGGCGGCGAAAGUUAACGUCCCCCUGAUGCUCGGUUCUUAUGCCGGUGAGGGUGAUUAUUCUGUUUCUCCAACUUGCAGCGUAGCUCCCUGGCUACUUGAGUGCAAGAGGAGGAAUUAAAAUCCAUAUAUUUGGUCUUGAAAUGACGAUGGAAGGCUUGAUUGUAUCAGGUUGUCAUUAAAUAAAGGUAGAUGAUG